UUUUAUGAACUCGUGGGUUAAUUUCUAACGAACCUGCUAGUGCGCAUGCUCAGUGUACAGUGUGAUUACGAAAGUAAAUACAGGCGAUGCUGAAGGUAAAUUCCUCAUAACAGGGUCAAUCUAAUGCCAUAAUGGCCGGUGAAGAGGAACGUGACAAAAAGGGUUUCAAGGUGCUGGGUAUUCUGGACGUUCAAAACACACCUUGUGCCAGAGAGGCUCUUCUACAUGGAUCUGGGGGAUCCCUGGCUGCUGGCCUUUUGCACUUUUUGGCCACAAGUCGAGUGAAGCGGUCCUUUGACAUAGGUUUUGCAGGAUUCAUGCUUACCACACUGGGAUCAUGGUUCUACUGUAGAAUUACCAAUGCCAAGCUCCGUAUGCAGCAAAGGUUGAUCCAAGAUGGCAUCAAGAACAAGGUCAUGUAUGAAGGCACGAGUUUGGACACCGUCAGUAAACCAAAAGAGCAGGAGCCUUGCCCUUCAUGUCCUUGAGAUUAUUACAUGUUCCCGUUGUCAAAUCAUUGAUUCUUUCACACACCCUUGACUGCAGUUCACAAUGGCCACAGCCUUUAAAUGUUCUUCUAUUUAUCUGUCUUAUUGGAUCAUGUCAGGCAUGGUUUGUCUGACAGAUUUGUUAUUUCUAUGUAAAAUAUUCUGUAACAUGUUGUUUUUGUGCACAAUGGUGGAUCUAUUCAUAGUUAUUUAAGAGAUGAUUGGUUGUGCGCUGAAUAAAUAUUGAUUGACUUUCUGUACAGUGUUAUGCCUUUUGGUAGGCCAUCAUUGUAAACUAGAAUGUCUUUUAACUGACCUUGUUAAAUAAAAAUGAGUAUGUGUGGACUAAA